AUGAUGUACGACUACGUUGUCUUCAUCAUCAUUCUUAGUGUCUGUGUUGCAUUUACUAAUGCAUCUAGCAUUCAAACUCAACCUUACAAAGUUACCAAUGUUGCGACUAGAACUUGGGACGAAGCUAUUGCUCUCGCCAAAGAAUUUACUGCACAAAUGACUUUAGAAGAAAAAUGUAAUAUGACUGCAGGUAUUGGGAGUCAUUGUGCUGGCUUUGUUUCACCUGUUCCACAUCUUCACUUUGGUGGUCUUUGUUUUCAAGAUUCACCAUCGGGUGUUGGUGAUGGUGUUCAAUUUUCUACGGCUUUUAUUGCUGGUAUUCAAAUUGCUGCCACUUGGGAUCGUGACCUUUUCUAUCAACGUGCUGCAGCCAUCGGUCAAGAAUUUCGAGGAAAAGGUAUUCAUUUUGCUCUGGGACCUAUGAUGAAUAUUGAUCGAAAUGCUCUUCAUGGUCGCAAUUGGGAAGGAUUUGGUGCUGAUCCAUAUCUAUCUGGAGAAAAUUCGUAUUAUUAUGUACAUGGACUGCAAGAUCAAGGUGUCGUAGCAACUGCAAAACAUUAUAUUUGCAAUGAACAAGAAUCUAAUCGUACUUAUCAUCCGACAACUGGCCCAAGCCAAGGUUAUUCAGCUAAUCUUGAUGAUAAAACGAUGCAUGAAAUUUAUUUAUGGCCAUUUGCUGAUAGUGUUGCGGCUGGAGCUGGUUCCGUUAUGUGCUCAUAUAACCAAGUCAAUGGGACACAAGCAUGCCAAAAUAAUAAAAUCUUAAAUGGACUUUUGAAAGAUGAACUUAAAUUUCAAGGUAAUGUUAUGUCUGAUUGGGGAGCAACGAAAGUUGGAAUAGAAUCUGCUUUGGGUGGAUUGGAUAUUGAAAUGCCCGGUCAAGAUGGAUUAAUGGGUUAUUCUCUUCUUCCAGCAGUAAAAAAUGGAUCAAUCACAGAGGCAAGAAUAAAUGACAUGAUUAUUCGUAUUUUGGCACCUUAUUUUUUGCUUGGACAAGAUCAAGAUUAUCCACCUCUCAAUUUAAAUAAUGAUGUGACUAGAGACCAUUAUGUGCUUAACCGAUACAUUGGUACUGCUGGCAUCAUCUUACUUAAAAAUACACAUAAUACUUUGCCAUUUAAUACGACUACUGAAAAAUUUUAUUCGAUUUAUGGAUCAGCAGCAAGUCGUUAUAGUGAUGGUGUUGAUCCACAUGGAUUAGACGGAUUAGAUGGUGCUCUGUAUCAAGGUGGUGGUUCAGCUCGUGAUUUUCAUCUACAAAUUCAAUAUGUGGUUGAUCAAGAUGAUUAUGUUGCUAUUAAUCGUUCAUUAGAAAACAGUGGGUUUUUAGGAGGCAAAUGUCUUGUUUUUCUUAAUGCUUGGUCAUCAGAAGGACGUGACAGACAUAAUCUUUUUGCUUAUCAUAAUGGUGACAAACUAGUUAAUACUGUAGCUGCUCAUUGUGUUUCAACCAUUGUUAUUGUCAAUAGUGUUUCACAACUUAAUCUUGAAGCAUGGAUCGAAAAUCCUAAUGUUACCGCUGUUGUUUGGACAGGUUUGCCGGGUCCUGAAUAUGGACCAGCAAUUGUUGAUGUUCUCUUUGGUAAUUAUAAUCCAGGAGGUAAACUAGUCUUUACCAUAGCUAAGAAUGAUUCUGAUUAUGGUACUAAUAUUACUGAAACGUAUAACUCUAAUUAUACAGAAGGUGUUUUUUUGGACUAUCGACAUUUUGAUAAAAAUAAUAUUACGCCAAGAUAUUAUUUUGGUUAUGGCCUCUCCUACACAACAUUUUCUUUUUCAACAUUGAUGAUUUCAAAAGUUAGUCAAAAUAAUCCUAUUGAACAAUCAUUCUACAGACGACGUCAUGUAUCUUCCUAUAGUAACAAAGCUUUAUUAAGAUUCUAUGAACCUAUUUAUAGCAUAACUUUUACUGUUACUAAUGUCGGUAAUGUCGAUGGUUCCGAAGUGCCACAACUCUAUCUUGGUUUUCCAGAAGAGGCAGCUGAACCACCUAAAAUUUUACGUGGCUUUGAACGAGUUUAUUUGGAAGCAGGUGAAUCGAAAACAGUGACUCUAGUAUUAACACAACGAGAUAUUUCAUAUUGGAAUACUAUCAAUCAAAACUGGACUGUUGCUCAUGGAAAAUAUACAGUUUGGAUUGCAACAUCAGCUAAUAAUGCUGACAUUAAACUUGAAGGCUUUUUCUAUAUCUAA